GCCCAGCGGGAGCUAACAGCAGAGCACACGGGGCACCCACCCAGCCCGCUACCCUUGGCCCCAAAGGGGAAGACGCCUGCACGACUGAGAGAUCUGAGGGGACCCAGAGCAGAUGCCCAGCCCACCUGGGGAACCUCAGCAGGACCAGGAUGACCCAGGAACACGGGCUGGGGUCUGUCCCCUCUCCGUGAUCGCCACUCUCACGAACCGGCAGCUGGUGAUCCCCACCCUGAUCAUCAUGGCUAUCAAACUGCUCCUGAUGACCUUGGUCCUCCUCUAUCGCGCUCCCCGGUGCCAGUCGGGCUGGGACCAGAACCAAGGGAGGUGCUACCUUUUCUCCCGGACUAACCAGUCCUGGGAGGCAGCGAGACACUCCUGCUUAGCCCAGAAUGCUGAUCUGGUGGUGAUCAACGACCCAGAGGAACAGAAUUACGUGGCUAUUAAAGCCGGUUCCAUUCGUCACUGGAUCGGCUUCACCGACCAAGGGACUGAAGGCGUCUGGCGCUGGGUGGACAAUACUCCUGUGGGAUUUACGUACUGGAAUGAAGGGGAGCCCAAUAACCUGCUCACAAGGAGCAACGGCACUGAGGACUGUGCCCACCUGUUGGACACCAGCCUGUGGAACGACGGACCCUGUAGUUUCUCUUACAGGUGGAUCUGUGAAAGGGCCACCACUGUGUAAACAGCCCUCUCAUCCCCCGGCUCUGAACACAGGCUGAAAUUCCCAUGAGGGAAUUCCCGUUGUGCUCUUGUGCUGACCCGUUGCCCAGGGCUGAAU